AGGUUAGCCUGCACGCUGCUCCGCUCAGACUGUACACACAGCAGGGAAGAGCACAUCUCCCGGUACUCUGACACAGCUUACCGGAGAAAGUCUGUGUCCCAGCGAUCACUCACUGUUUACGGUUUUUACCAACAGAGAAGACUUCAGAGAAAAGGGGGGUAAACCCGAAAGAGGAGCAGUUUGUUUCUGUGUUUAGUCUUUUUCUACGUUCUCAAAGAUGGAGACUACUUUCUAUGAUGACUUCACUCAGCCGGACUCCUCAUUUACAUUCAGCGCCCCUAAAGCCCUGAAACACAACAUGACCCUGAACCUGGCGGACCCCUCCAGCUCCCUUAAGCCGCACCUUCGGGCUAAAGCAGCGGACCUCCUCACCUCCCCGGACGUGGGUCUCCUAAAGCUGGCCUCUCCGGAGCUGGAACGGCUCAUCAUCCAGUCCAGUAACGGCCUCAUCACCACCACCCCGACCCCCACCCAGUUCAUCUGCCCCAAGAACGUCACGGACGAACAGGAGGGCUUCGCGGAGGGCUUCGUCCGGGCCCUGGCGGAGCUGCACCACCAGCACAUGCCGGCUCCGGGGACCGUGAGUGACAGCUCGGCUGCCCAGACCGUCGGCUCCGCACUGCCGCCGGUGUCCUCCGCGGCCGGAGCUUCCGUCUACAGCAGCGGCUCCCUGCCCGCGGACUCUCCGGUCUAUGAGGACCUGAACACUUUCACACCGGCCAUCAGCACAGUGUCGGCCCCCAGCUACACUACCUCCGCCCCUACCAUGUCGUUCUCUGCUGCUGCUGCUGCUGCUGCUGCUGCUGCUCCGCCGCAGCUGUCCCUGUACGGGCAGCCCUCCUCCGCCCCGCUGGCCCGGCUCAGCGCGCUAAAAGAGGAGCCGCAGACCGUGCCUGAGAUGCCAGGGGAGACACCUCCUAUGUCCCCCAUCAACAUGGAGAGCCAGGAGCGCAUCAAGGCCGAGAGGAAGCGUAUGAGGAACCGCAUCGCAGCCUCCAAGUGCCGGAAGAGGAAGCUCGAGCGGAUCUCCCGCCUCGAGGACAAAGUGAAGACGUUAAAGUGUCAGAACUCGGAGCUCUCGUCCACCGCCAACCUGCUGCGCGAGCAGGUGGCCCAGCUCAAGCAGAAGGUGAUGAACCACGUGAACAGCGGCUGUCAGCUCAUGUUGACGCAGCAGCUCCAGACCUUCUGAGAGGGGUUAGGACUGGAGAGAGACUGGAUUGACGGAACGGACGCUUCCUGUUUACUCCCACACCGGGACCGGGUCUGGAAUGAUGUGGCGCCUCUCUGACAGGACCGGGAGAACGCUCUGAGGUUCUUGAGUGACAGUCGCCCCCUCCCCCCCCCCCUGGUGUGUCCCGCUGAUGGGACAGAAUGAUCCGGAGGGGACACUUUCUGUGUUUACAGACCUGGACUGAAGUGUUCUUGAUUUACCCGGAUCUGAUCAGACCGUGAAGAAGACUCAGAGUGUGUGAGGAUUUACCCGCAGACAGACAUAGACUGAGAGAGACAGUGAUGAAGAGCAGGCUACUACUCUGAGCUUCUACACAAAACUGUUUCUUCAUUUUAAGAAGUAACGUCAGAAAAGGUUUCUUGUUUGUUCAUGUAAAUAAGAUCAAAACACUCUGACUUUUUUUAAAUCUUUGUUUCUGACUGCUUCACAAAUGAAUGUUGUAAAUUAAUAUUUGAGAAAAUAAAAUGUGAUAAACUGAA